AAGAGAGUGCCGUUUCUUGUCUGUCAGAAAAACGAGUUUUUCUUCCUGGGACACUGAGGUUUCAAAACAAAGUGAAUGUGACCUGAUUUAAACCGUAAAAAAGCCUCUCCGUUUUCUCGUGCUUACUUGCAUUUUAAGAGAACUUUAAACUGAGAUUUGUGUUUGAGCUCCUCGGCCUUGUUUGCAGCAGCGUCAUGGCGUCAGCCUGGUCAGAAGAGGAGACCUUUGUCUGCUCGGUGUGUCUGGAGACGAUGAAGGACCCUGCGACUCUACCAUGUGGACACUCGUACUGCCUCGCUUGUAUCCAGCACCACUGGGACAAUGGAGGAGGUGAAGGCCAGUGUAGCUGCCCGCAGUGCCGACAGGUGUUUAACCCCCGGCCGUCGCUGGCUAAGAGCACCGUCCUGGUGGAGGCCAUGGAGAAGCUCAGGUCAAACAGCCUCAAGUUAAACUACGCCGGCGGCUCUUCCACCCUGCCUUCCAUGCCGACGUACCUGGAGGUGUUGCCAGGUACACAACAGGGAAGUGUGUACCCGCAGCUUCCGUCGGUGGCCCCCAGACCGUGCCCGAAACACGACCGACCCCUGGAUUUGUUCUGCCGGGAUGACAGAGAGUGUGUGUGUGAGGAAUGUCGCCAAGAUGGGCACCAGGGCCACAGUGUGCUUACGCCUGAGGACGAGAGGAAAGAGAAACAGAAAGAACUUUUGCAAACUUUGAUGGAGGCUCAGAGGAAAGCCCAGGAGACUGAGAGGGAACUUGCAGAGCUGCCACAUGUUGCUCGACAGUACCAGGCUUCAUUUCAAGGCCUGCAGAGAGAGAAGCACGACCUAUUCACUGAUCUUACAAACAACAUGGAUGACCUCGGGGCCAAGGUGAACGAACUGCUCAACAGCCAUGAGGUGGCUUUUGGAAGCCAGAUUGAGAGUCAGAUCCACAGACUGCAGCAGAAGGUGGUGCAGCUCCGCUGGAAGAACGAGGAGCUGAACCGACUGGCGGGGAUGCAGGAUGACGUCUGCUUCUUAAAGAAUUUCCACAUGAUGGAGCCACAGAGUCAGUCUGACGCAGCAGGAGAGUCGAUCUUCACUAAAGAACAGACGGUGCAGGAGUCACUGCGAGCUGCGUUGAAAGAACUCCAGGAGUCUGUCGGGGAAAUCUGGAAAACCACUUUGACCAAGAUCACAACUAUACUAAAUGAGGAUGCUGCUGUUGCUCCCACACUGAGCAAUGCUGCGGCGUCGACCCCAGCCGGAGCUGUCAAUGGACUCCAGCCCAACAGGAAGAACACAGUUGUUUAUGAGAUGCAUAACCCUCCACCACAGCCGCCACCCAGACCCCUAAGUCAAACAGAUUCACUCAAGCCUUCGCCAUUACAACCGGCACAUUCCCUUGCUUCAGCGCCUCCUGCCCCACUACCACCACCUCACGCCCCGCCCCCUGCUAGAGUGGACCACCUAAACCCAGAACCAAAGACAAGGGGGGAAUUGCUCAAGUACCGCUUCGAGCCCAGCAUGGACCCCAACACUGCGUAUCGCCACCUGCUGCUCUCAGACGGGGAUCGCAAGGCGACGAUGCGAGCUGAGAACGUGCACCCAACGGACCAUCCGGAACGCUUCCAUUUUUGGAGACAGGUUCUUUGCAGAGAGCCACUUGGAGGUAGUCCGUACUACUGGGAAGUGGAGUGGACCGGCCAGAAGGUCACUGUCGGGGUGGCCUACAAGGACAUGGAUCGAAAAACAUCUGAUGACAAAAGCCGCUUGGGCCACAACCCUAAGUCCUGGAGCCUGUACUGGUCCGGUACCGGUUUCUCUUUCUGGCACAACUCUGAGGAAAAACUGCUCGGUUUGCCCAAAUCCAAAAAGAUCGGCGUCUACUUAGACCAGCACACAGGAGUUCUGGCCUUUUACAGAAUCACCAAUAACCAAGCUGACCUCAUCCACCGGCACCAGACCGAGUUCACUGGCCCACUAUACCCAGGCUUCCGCUUCUCGGCCGGUGUGGGUGCUACAGUGACUGUGUGCCAGUUGGAUUGACACUGAAGUUGACAAUGUUUUUUUGUUUUUUCUUCUCACUCGAAAAGUAUGUCCCCUUUAAAGCAAUCUGGAUUCAAAGUAAUAAAACUUAAUAAAGUAAACGCAGAUCUUGCA